CUUCAGCGGAUGCCGUUUGAACCCCUUUUUGUAACCGGUGUGAAUGAUUAUGGAGUAAUCUUUGUAUUUUUUCAACUGUUACAGACAUCCGGUAAUUGUGGUUAAUAAUUUGUCCUUUUAAUUUUCACGGGGAACAUUUCGAACAGAACAAUGAAACGGCAAGUACUGUUGUUUUCCUUGGUCUUUUAUCUCAGUCCAGUCAUCGGCCAAAUCAGCUAUUCUAUCCCUGAGGAGAUGCCGAGUGCCUCUUUAGUCGGUAAUAUUGCCCAGGAUUUGGGUUUGGAUAUAAAACGACUGAAAUCGGGAAGAGCUCGCGUUUAUACGGGAGACGGUGUGGAAUACAUUGAACUAAACAGAGAACGAGGAGUCCUUCUUAUCAAAGAGAGAAUCGACAGAGAAGCGAUCUGCAGGCAGACUACGCCUUGUGCUUUACAUUUUCAGGUCAUUUUAGAGAAUCCAAUGGAAUUUUAUAGCAUCACAGUGGAGAUUAUAGACAUAAAUGACAACCCCCCCACCUUCGAGAAAAAUGAAGUCAGUUUUAAAAUCAGUGAAUCUGCUGUAAUCGGAGGAAAAUUUGUAUUGGACAGAGCAAUAGAUCUUGAUGUUGGCAAAAAUGGUCUUCAGAAAUAUGAGCUUAAACCUACGGAUAAUUUUGUCCUUAAAAUGGACAGUCAAGGUAGUGGAUCAGAAAAGGCUGAAAUGAUUUUACAGAAGCCUCUUGACAGAGAAAAGGAUGACUUAAUAUCGCUAGUUUUAACAGCCUUUGAUGGAGGAGACCCGCAGAUGUCAGGUACAAUUCGCAUUUUCAUUACGGUAUUGGAUGUUAAUGAUAAUGCUCCUGUUUUUACGCAGUCCACCUACAGAGCCACUGUUUUUGAAAAUGCCCCAGAAGGGACAGUUGUCACCAGCGUUAUUGCGUCAGAUGCAGAUCAUGGAACAAAUGGUAGAAUAAAGUAUUCAAUUACAAACAGUUUAGAUCAAGCACACACUUUGUUUCAGAUACACGAAGCUAGCGGAGAAAUAAGAUUAAUUGGAAACAUUGAUUAUGAAAAUGCACGAAAUUACCAUAUUAACAUACGUGCAAGUGAUGAUGGUGGACUUACAGAUUCAUGCAAAGUUAUCGUUGAAGUGGUGGACAUAAACGACAACAAACCAACCAUUAAUGUAAUGUCAAAAUCAAAUGUGAUAUCUGAACACUCUAAACCGAAUACUGUUGUUGCGAUGAUGAACGUUCAAGACCCAGAUUCAAAUGAAAAUGGCCAAGUGCACUGUUUUAUCAAUGAUAACACACCUUUGUUCAUUAAGUCGGCUUCUAAUAAUUUCUACAGUUUAGUGACAGACAGUGAUUUAGACAGAGAGAGAGCUUCAGAGUAUAACAUCACUGUGACCUGCUCUGAUGAGGGAGUGCCCUCCCUCUCCAGCAGCGUCACUCUCACCUUACAGAUCUCAGAUGUUAAUGACAACGCGCCUGUCUUUGAGAGGACCUCAUAUGAGGCCUACAUUGUAGAAAACAACACACCAGGUCUCUCUAUAUUCACAGUGAAAGCCACAGACGCUGACUGGAACCAGAAUGCCCGCGUUUCUUACAUUCUGGAGGACUCCUCCAUUAACGGAGUGCCAGUCUCCUCAUAUGUGUCCGUUAGUGCUGAUAGUGGAGUCAUCCAUGCAGUGCGCUCUUUUGAUUACGAGCAGAUCAAAGAUUUCCAGUUCCGCGUCAAAGCGCAGGAUGGAGGCUCUCCUCCACUCAGCAGCAACGUGACUGUAAAAAUAAUGAUUCAGGAUCAGAACGACAACCACCCACAGGUUCUGUAUCCAAUCCAGACUAGUGGCUCUCUGGUGGCUGAAAUGGUGCCUCGUUCAGCAGAUGUGGGCUAUCUGGUGACCAAAGUGGUGGCUGUUGAUGUGGACUCUGGACAGAAUGCCUGGCUCUCCUAUAAACUGCACAAAGCCACAGACAGGGCGCUGUUUGAAGUCGGCUUACAGAAUGGAGAAAUAAGAACUAUCCGCCAAGUCACUGAUAAAGAUGCUGCCAAACAAAGACUGACUGUUAUAGUGGAGGACAACGGGCAGCCCUCUCGUUCAACUACAGUCACUGUUAACGUGGCGGUGGCGGACAGCUUCCCUGAAGUCCUGUCGGAGUUCACUGACUUUUCAAAAGAAAAGGAGUACAAUGACAACCUGACUUUUUACUUAGUCUUGGCUCUGGCUGUAGUUUCCUUCCUCUUCAUCACGUGUUUAGUGGUUAUUAUAUCAGUCAAAAUCUACAGGUGGAGACAGUCUCGCAUCCUGUAUCACCCCAGUCUCCCUGUCAUUCCAUAUUAUCCACCACGUUACUCAGACACUUUGGGGACAGGGACUCUGCCCCAUGUGUACAAUUACGAAGUGUGCAGGACGACUGACUCCAGAAAGAGUGACUGUAAGUUCGGCAGAGCUGGUAGUCAGAACGUGCUGAUAAUGGACCCCAGUUCUACAGGGACGAUGCAGCGGAUACAGAGUGAAAAGAGCAUCCUGGAUGAACCAGACUCUCCUCUAGAGGUUGGACUUGCAUGCUGA